CGCCUGUAUUGCCUUUGAUCAGUUAUUGCUCCGCAGAAUAAGCAGCGGAGUGAUACAUCUGUUGCGGAAAACUUGAGACUCUGCAUUGAAAUCCUGCGUGUGGCGGAGGGGAAGAGACAUUAAUUUAAAAGAUUCCGGUUCUGUUAGCCUUGGCUGCUGCAGCUGACGGAUCCCCACUGUGGAAGCGAGCGUCUCUGGUUGCUGUAACUGAAGCAGCACAGUUUGUCUGCAUCUUUGGUCGAGAGGUCUGGAGUCAGACAGGUGUUGGAAUGAACAGGUCGAGGUCCAGCAGGGAUAAAAAAGUUUCCCAGCCUCCAGUGACCAGGAUAACCCGCAGCUCCAGCUCUCAGGGCAGACACUCACUCCCUGCAGAGCUUCAGGAGUCGGGGCAGUGCCUUUUUAAAAAGCAACGAAGACAAAGUGACCCCACUCUGGCUCAGGACCUCAGCCUGAAGAGUGUGAGCGAACAGGACACUAAAAGUAAAGGACAGGCGUCCAUAGCUUCCAGUUUUCCCAUUCAGGCAUGUCCGUUUGGCGAGUCCACACCUGAUCAGCUGGUUUCGUCCUCAUUCCCUGUGAAGUCCGCCUCCCAGGACGGUCUUGCCUCUGUUGCCCGGCUCGUGAAACUGGGGCGCUGUCGGAACGUACUGGUGGUAGCAGGAGCAGGAAUCAGCACGCCCAGUGGCAUCCCAGACUUCAGGACUCCAGGAACGGGUCUCUAUGCCAACUUGGAGAAGUAUAACAUCCCAUAUCCUGAGGCCAUUUUCAACAUUGACUACUUCUCCAACGACCCCCAACCUUUCUUCUCCUUGGCUAAGGCUCUGUAUCCCGGCUGCCAUCGUCCAAACUACAUACACUACUUCAUCCGCAUGCUCCACCUCAAAGGUCUGCUGCUCCGACUGUACACCCAGAACAUCGAUGGGCUGGAGAAAUUGUGUGGUAUCCCUGAUGACAAGCUCGUGGAGGCCCACGGUUCUUUUGCCACAGCUUCCUGCCACCUGUGCUAUACUCCAUAUCCUGCUGAGGAGGCUAAAGUUGCUAUAAUGAAUGACAACAUUCCCACCUGCUCAUUCUGCGCUGCUACUGUCAAACCGGAUGUUGUUUUCUUUGGAGAAAACCUCCCGCAGAAAUAUUUCCUCCACUCUAAAGACUUUCCCAAAGCAGACCUCCUGAUCAUUAUGGGGACCUCUUUAAAGAUUGAACCGUUUGCUAGUCUUGUGAAUACAGUGCGUUCUAAAGUGCCCCGUCUGCUCCUGAACCGGCAUGCUGUGGGCCCCUUUGAGAGGGUCCCACUGGGAAGAGGAGACCACAUGGAGCUGGGUGAUCUGGCAGACUCUGUCAGAAGGUUUGCAGAGGUUCUCGGCUGGAACAAUGAAAUCGAAGAGCUGAUGAGGACGCAGGAAAUAAUGUUCUUUCCUCAGACUUUUCCUUCAGUGGUAACCAGCACUGCAACCCAGAACCGUCCAUCAGAGAUUGAAGGAAUGUCAGGAAAAUCCAGGCCAAGACCAGGAGCUCGAGGAAGCUGCAGUGAGGAUGAUGACUCUGAGACAGACAGCAGAAGCUCUGCUUCAUCCAGAGAUGGCAAAUAACGCUGGAGUUCCUAAGACUUUAAAGGAAUUUAUUUCAGCUUAGCCCAACAUCUGUUUCUAAGCAGGUUUUUGCGCUUUAAAAUCAAUGUGAAGUACUGGUUUUGUUAAUAUGUUGAUAUAAAAGGUUGGAUCUAGUCUCUUUCUAGAACACUAGUUAAUAUUUUUCUAAAAAUGUUUUUAUCUUUUAAGCCAAUAAAAUUAUCUCUAAUGCUUUGUUUAAUAUUUAAUAAAGAUUCUCUUUGGAAAAACAGUCUUGGG